AUGCGAGAAAGCCUGCAAGGUGACUUCCGAAAUUUGCGGAAGGGCGAUGCUGUCGUUGCUUUUUCCCGGGUUGGUCUUCAUUCCCUGAAAGCUGGCAUCGAAAAGGCCACGGGCCGAAGAUGCGCCAUCGUCUACGGCUCGCUGCCUCCUGAAACAAGAGCACAGCAAGCCGCGCUAUUCAACGACCCCGACAAUGACUACGACUAUCUCGCCGCGAGUGAUGCCAUCGGAAUGGGUCUGAAUCUAGAAAUCAAGCGCGUGGUAUUUGAGACUGCCACAAAGCAUGACGGUAUGCAAUAUCGCACCUUGCAUAUACCUGAGGUGAAGCAAAUAGGCGGCCGAGCCGGACGAUAUAGGACAGCUACACAGGAUAUGAAGGCAUCGGCUGGCACAUCCCCGCCAGCGGGAUCACCUGCAGCAGUCAAAUGGGGAACUGCUGGCUUUGUGACCACUAUGGAGGAUGAAGACUUGAAAGUCAUUCAACGAUCAUUCUCGACCGAUGCUGAACCAUUGAAAACGGCAGGCAUACUUCCACCAACGCGCAUUAUUGAGCGCUUCUCGUCAUAUUUCCCACCACAAACUCCAUUGAGCUUCAUGCUUCUUCGACUGAAGGAGCUUGCAAAGAUUUCUAGCAAAUUCCAUUUCUGCAGAAGCGAUGACAUGAUUGAAGUUGCCGACAUCAUACAACCUUACCCGAUGAGCAUCAGUGAUCGCUGCAUCUUUCUCUCUGCCCCUGUUACAUUGCGGGACUUUGGACAGAAGGAGGUUUUGAAGGCUUUUGCUAAAUGCGUGUCCGACAUGUCGGGCGGCCAUCUACUGGACAUAGAAGAGAUAAACCUCGAAGUCUUGGAUGCUGACCGAGAUACUUUCCCAGGCGGCUCUUCGCUAUACCUGCGCCAUCUGGAAGCUCUCCAUAAGUCUAUUACGCUAUACUUGUGGCUGAGCUACAGAUACUUGGGGAUCUUUGAAAGCCAACAUCUUGCAUUUCAUGUCAAAGGACUGGUGGAGGAGAAGAUUAAUGAUUAUCUAGAGCACCUGAACUUCGUUCCGGAGGCGAGACUGCAGCACGCUCGCCGAGCAAGACAGAUGGCCGAGCAGAGGCGUGUCAAGCAAGAGAAGGUGUUCCAUGGAGAAACCCCCAGCGACGAUCUCCCUCAUCAUGAAGGCCCCGGAAAUUGGCAAGAAGAGGGCCACGAGGAGCCUUUGCUGGAAGAUCCGGAGGAAGCUCAAACGGUUACUCCGUCCAGCGAGAGGACCUCAGGUAUCAUCUCCACAGACAGUAACCAGGAUCAGACGCGAGCUGGGGCUCAAGUCUAG